AUGUUCAACAAGGCAUCCUUGUUUUCUGCUCUCGUCCUCACUGCCUCUUUCGUCCACGCCCGUCCAGGUCCCACUUGGGUUCGUCGUCAGGAGAAUGCUCAGUCAUCAUUGACGCUUGACCCUGCCGUCAUCUCUCAAGGUCUGGCUCAGGACGGACAAGGCAAUACUCCAGACCCCGGACAAGUUCGUUCCGAAACAUCGACCAACAAUUUCAUCAACCACUGUCUCAAGUUCCUCGACCAAGGCGUCCCCCUCACCGAUGGCAAACAAAUCACUGGUGGCUCCUGCAACCAGACGCCGAUGGGCCGCAUCAUCUCCCUUGACAAGGCUCCUCGCUGCAAGUUUGUCUUCCCAAAGAACGGCGACGACUCUAUCAUCGAGAAUACUGCGUUUACCGUCCAAAUGCGUAUGGUAAACAUGGUCGCUGGCAAUUUCGUCAACGCCCAGGCCAACUACUACGCCGCGCCACAACAAGUCGACGGUAACGGUAUCCUGAUCGGCCAUUCGCAUAUUGUCAUCGAACCUCUUCCAUCUCUCGACUCUACAGAGCCACUUGAUCCUCUCGCGUUCAAAUUUUUCAAGGGCCUCAAUGACCCCGCGGACGGACAAGGCAUUCUCAAGACAGAGGUGACUGCUGGUCUCCCCAAAGGUAUCUACCGCAUGUGUUCCAUCAAUACUGCGGCCAACCAUCAACCUGCAUUGGUUUCAAAUGCCCAACAUGGAGCACUGGACGACUGUUCCUACUUUACUGUAAAAGGAAGAGGCGAGCUGGGAAAUAACAACAAUGGUCAAAAUAGCAACCAGAAUGGUGGACAGAACGGAAACGUAGCCAGUUCGUCGACCGAGGCCGGCUCAACAACUCAGUCGGGAACCGCAGCGCCUGAGUCCACCCAGAGUAACCAAAAUAGCAACCAGAAUGGUGGACAGAACGUAACUAACGGAAACGUAGCCAGUUCGUCUACCGAGGCCGGCUCAACAACUCAGUCGGGAACCGCAGCGCCUGAGUCCACUCAGGGUAACCAAAAUGGCCAGAGUGGACAGCAAGGAAACAAUAGCGGUGGACAGAGUAACAACACUGGUGCACCGACAGAGACUCCUGGUUCAACCUCCGUCCCUGCACCCGAGCAGUCCCAAGGCAAUAGCAAUGGUGCACCAACGGAGACGCCUGGUUCGUCGUCUGCACCCGCACCUGAGCCAUCCCAAGGCAACAAUGAACAACAAGGAAACAGCCCCGGUGCACCGACAGAGGCUCCUGGCUCAACACCUGCCCCUGCACCCGCACCCGAGCCGUCCCAGAGCAACCCUGGGCAACAAGGUGGCCAGACUCCUGAGCAAGGGAACAAUGGUCAGCAGAGUGGAAAUCCAGUCCAGCCCGGUCAGGAGAAUACCUCGCCGGCUCCAGAGCAGCCAGGUCAAGGUCCAAGCGGUCAAACUCAACCGGAGCAGAACCAAGGACAGCAACCUCCACAAGGACAAGCUGAUCCUACCUCUCCACCAGGCCAGGGCAGUCAAGGACCUCAACGUCGCCGCUCACACCACGGCCGUCAAUAA